AUGGCUCCAAAACGCUCUCCCAGAGAACCGACAGCGGCUUUUCAUAUGCAUACCAGAAGUCGUGCUGUCAAGCCUACUUCAGACUCGAGCUCCGCCAAUCUUUCUUCUCCGCCAACAGUGACGCCCUCUCCACUAAAUCUAGCAAAACACUCUGCUCCAGCACUAAUCGCUACCCCCUCUCCGCCAAAACCAUCACAGAAGUCUAAUUCAGCACCAGCUACUAACCCCUCUCCACCAAGCCCGCGUAAGCGCAAAGCUAGAAAUUCCGAUGCUGACCCUCAAGCACCACCACGGAAGCUUCCUAAGCCAACAAUACGAAAGAAUGAGAGCUGGCUUUCAUUCAAAGGUCGUGUUGUUUGGCCAGAAUACAAGACAUCCAAGCCUGUCUACUAUCAAAUUGAUGGCAUGACUGUUUCUGGACCCCUUCCGAAGCCCCCAAAAGUUAAAGGUCCUCCUCCAACUCCACCUCACACCCCAGAAACUGAGACCGAACCUGACUCUGAGCCUGUUGAUGCUGAGAAAGAAGCGUCUGAAUCCCGUUCUCCCAAGAAGUCUGCUCGUGGUGGUGGCAGCAGAGGCCGCGGUGGUCAUGCGGGAAAUGCUGGCGGUCGCAAACCCAACAAACAAAAGCCCAAGAAUGGCGGGGCUGGUGGUGGCCGUGAUAGCCCUGACCCUCCAAUUCGAAAAGGUCCAUUGACUCAGGAUGAUCGCGUUGAGAUCUCCAUGCUCAAAGCAAGACAACAUGAGCUCAAGAAAUUUUUCAGUGUCGUGGGGAAUCAACAAAUUGACAUUCUUGACCAGCUUGCUACCAACGACCUUUCCAAACUCGCCAGGAAAUCCAAAGCACACAAGCAUGUCCCAGAAUAUGACGAAGUCACUCAGACUCUAGAAGCUCUCCAGCACAGGAGCCAAGCGGACCUUUUCAGCAAACGCAAUCUUCAAUUGAAGCAUGAGAACCAGCACUUGGAGCAGGAGAAAGAAGUAAUUGAACACCAAUAUCGCACACGUGUCAGCGAAGCAAAGAAAGAGCAUCUUGCAGGAGCACAAGGAGACAUCAUCCUUUUCGAGAAAGCAUAUCGUGCAGCGCAUGAUGACACCCACACCGAGACUGGCUCUAACAUCGAGUAUUACCCACACUACCAUGAACUUCCUGAACCAGAUGCUCGACCACGUGGCUAUGUCUCAAACAAAAUCAUGGAUGAAAAGCCAUUCAUGAGUGCUCUUGAAACUUACGAUGACCAAGCCCGUCAGCAAGUUCUUGAAGAAGAUGUCAUCCACCCUCUCUUGAAGCAAAUGGAGGAACGCAAUAUUGAACGCGUGGAGGAGGAUUUCCGCAGGAAAACAAUGAACAUGGAGACACUCUCAGCUGAAGCAACUAAGGAAUUGGAAGCCAUCAGAGGAUACCUCAUCCCAAGGCCAUUCCCAAUGCAUGAAAGCAGCUCAUACGCUCUCUCAGCCCUCGCAGAUGUCUCCGAGUGGACUGCCCGUCAGAACCCAGACCACUAUUACAUCUACAUGCCUCUGGCUCCUGGCGAGACCUUUCCCGUUCAAGGUCUGGAUUUCUCACCAAUGCCUGGUACAAGACCAGUAGGCCCUCUUGCUCGCUCGGUGCCUCGCAACAUCAAACCGGCCAGCAAUGGCCAAGGUCCUCUCCUCGCGCCGGCACCACCAAAGCCGCGCUCCUCCUCCUCCUCCGUCUCCCUCCCUCCCCCCCCCUCUCUCCUCCGGGCCUCGCGCCUGGGUUCUCAGCAGAGUGGCGGCCCGCGCCCAAAUGGGCCUCAACAGUUCAUUUUCCAGACCCCACAGCAGCCCCUCCAGCACCAGGCUGCUCCUGGUCCUACUCCGACGCCUCAAUAUGGCCCCGCUGGCCCGGCAGCGGGUGCCGCUCCCGUCGGACAGCAGACCAAGAUACCAAUGACGUUCAUAAACCAGACGAUCAAGGUAUCGAGGACUGCUGCGGCUUCGGCCGGUGGGAAUGCUGGAGGCGUUGCUCCUGGUGGGGUGGCAAGUGGCGCGGCCGCCAAUGUUAAAGGUGGCCAACGGUUGCUGCUGCCGAAGGUGCAGUAG